UUGGCUCUUGUUUUCUCUCCUCUUCAUUCUAUUGGCCAGAGUGGUGUCCAUCAACAAACUUGACGUGCGAGACAAGUUUACAACUCUAUACACGUGCGCCUGGUGUGUGAGGGCUGACUGUGGCAUCCUACAUCCAGCAGGUAUUUUUGGAGGAGUUGUGUUCCACAGCAAACUGUGGAUGAAGACUCAGUCAUUUCAUGGCAAAAAGACUCAGUGAUGUCCGCCUAGCAUGGCUGUGGCUCCUGCACCGACCACCCAGGGACCGGUAUGGCUUUUAGCCGCAUCCACAGACUGGACCCCUUGUCGCGAAGCACCUCCAGAAAAGCAGCGGUCAUGCUGUGCUGCCUCCUCGCCUCGCUCAUCCUCCUGCACCUCCUCACCGACCGGUGCACCUUGCCCUCUCCGGUCUCUCAUCGGGCUGCGAGGCUUUCCGAGGACUUUAGUCCGCUGAGGACCAAGAGACUCGUGUACGGAUGGACCGCGGGGUCGGAGCUGAUGGGCUACGGGGCCGCAAGGCGCGUCUCACGGGUUCUCGCGGAUGAGGGCGCGAGGACAGUUGUGGAGCUUGCCGACGAGUCUUUAAUGUUGCCACCUCCGGAUUUAGUUGUUUCCAGGAAAGUAUCGCCCAGGUUUGCAGGUAAACUGAGUCCGCUCGGAGAGGGAAGCAAGAAGCUGCCACAGGCUCUCAUUAUCGGGGUGAAGAAAGGAGGGACCCGGGCUCUGCUGGAGUUUCUCCGGGUUCAUCCGGACAUCAGAGCCGUGGGAGCAGAGCCGCACUUCUUUGACCGCAACUAUGACAACGGACUGGAGUGGUACAGAGAGCUAAUGCCGAAGACCCUGGAGGGCCAGAUCACCAUGGAGAAAACCCCCAGCUACUUUGUGACCAGAGAGGCUCCGGCGAGGAUAUCAGCCAUGUCCAGGGACACUAAAUUAAUCGUCGUUGUGAGGGAUCCCGUCACCAGAGCUAUCUCAGACUACACGCAGACACUGUCAAAGAAGCCUGACAUUCCCUCUUUUGAGAGUCUCGCCUUCAAAAACAGGACUACGGGGCUCAUAGACACCUCAUGGAGCGCCAUCCAGAUCGGCAUCUACGCCAAGCACCUGGACAACUGGCUGCAGUACUUCCCCAUGGACCAGAUCCUGUUUGUUAGCGGCGAGCGUUUGAUCAGCGACCCGGCCGGAGAGCUGGGUCGCGUGCAGGACUUUUUAGGCCUAAAGAGGAUCAUCACAGACAAACACUUUUACUUCAACCAGACCAAGGGAUUCCCGUGUCUCAAGAAAGCGGAGGGCAGCAGCAAGCCGCACUGCCUGGGAAAAACCAAAGGCCGAACCCAUCCGAACAUUGAUCCCGAGGUGGUGCAGAGGCUACGGGACUUCUACAGACCCUUCAACAUGAAGUUUUAUCAGAUGACGGGACGUUUUUUUGGCUGGGAUGACUGAAUGUCUUUGAUACUGAGGAGUGUCAGAAAUACUGGAAUGCAGUCAUAGAGCCACUCCUGAUGGAGCCAGAAUCUCAGAGCUAGGGAAUAAAGUGGUUUUGAUAUGAGAAUAAAGUUCUAAUUAAAGUAAUAUUGUACUGAUAUCUGUAGAAAUAAGUUAAAAAUUUUCAUUUCUGAAAAUGAUAAAUAAUAUUUAUUUACACAUAUACACUUUCAAACUAAUCUAUUGUGCUCAAUUACAGUUGAUGUUUUCUAGGAAUACAACAGGACCAUUCUAACAAAACAAGAUCUUAUUUAUUUAUUUAUUUCCUUAGUUUGUAGUUCAGAAAACUUUUUGAUCCCUUAAAGGGUAAGUCAUUUACAGAAACCUAGUUUACACACAGAAUGUACACAGAGCAAUCACCUGUGAUACUUUACAAUUUAAAUAUAAUUCAAAAAGCUCACAAGAAAUAAUUGAAGAUGUAUGAUGAUAUCAGUAUUUUAGAUCCCGAGAAAUGUAAUACUCAGAUAAUGUUUUUUUCUUUAGUUUGUUUGUUUUUGUUUUUCUCCAUUAUGAUGCUGGAUAGCAGUCAGUCAGUACAUUUCCUAGACAAGAUGUGGUGUUGACUGACAAAAGU